ACUCCACUCCCAGUCUCACCACACCCUUCAGUUUGUCCCUAUGCUUGCUUUAUCUACCUGUGUGUUAGGGGAAACUGGGAAAGGCAGUUUAAUUGUGGAGGAAAGACUACAGCUGGGGAAGGAGUUCACAAGUCUCCUCUCUGCCCUAGGCAGGGAGCAGCAUGCAAUGUCAAAGCUUACUGGUUAUCUGGCUUGUCAUUCUGGCUGGGAGGAGUGGCAGACUGGGGAAGAAGCACUUUAAAAGAGACCAAGGAAGUGAACUUGGGAUGUCACUGCAAGGCAGCCCUUCAGCUAAAGCCAAUUACUAUCCAGGCACCUAGAGAUUACAAGGAAGAGCACUUUGAGGUGAAACAAAGGAGAGAUGAGGGGGAUGGCAAUGAGAAGACUUGGGCUGUUCGUUUUCAGUGCGAUUCUGGUGUCUGCUCAUGCCCUCACUGUGGAAGCACCGGCCAAGCAGAUACAGGUGGCGCGAGGAAGGAACGCGACUCUCCGCUGUCAUUUCAAAACUGAGGCUUCUGUGCACGAGGGAGACAUUGUUGUCUGGAGCAAAAUCAGCACUGGGACUGAUGCCGUCACAAGGUAUUUUGAUGGAUUUGUACAGUAUGGCAAGGGCUAUGAGAACCGUGUCCAGUUCGGUGGUGACGUGAACAGUGGGGACAUCAGCAUCACCAUCAGCGACGUGACCAUGCAGGACAACGGGACAUACGUGUGCUCCGUCCGCCUGAGGAACGACUCCCCCCGGCAGAGCGCAGUCCUGUCCCUCUUUGUCCUUGUUGCACCAUCCAAGCCUGACUGCGGGAUUCUGGGGACACCACAGUAUGGACAGACGAUCAACCUAACCUGCCUGUCUCAUGAGGGCUCCCCAAAGCCCAAAUAUACCUGGACACGCUUCAAUAUACAAAAUGAGCCCCAAGCACUAGAAAACACAGAAGGGGAACAAAUAACUCUGAAGAACAUCUCAGCAGAUACCUCUGGCUUCUACAUCUGCACUUCAAAAAACAUUGUGGGGACGGAGUUUUGCAACAUGACAGUCAGCGUUGUGCCACCAUCCAUGAACAUCGCUCUGUACGCUGGGAUCAUCGCUGGAGUCGUUGCUGCAAUCAUAGUGAUCGGGAUCUUGGCCUACUGCUGCUGCUGCCGCCAGGGCGGCAAGGACAGUGACUACGAGAUGACGGUGCAAGAAGAGAGGAAUGAAUGCUCCAAGGAGAUGCCAACAAGGCAAGAGAGCACAGAGGAGGAUGUUGCAAAUGCAUGAAGAAAGAAGCAAGAGGCCAAUUCCAUCUUCAGGAUUUGCUGAGGCACAGUCACCACUGUAGAAAAGAAAUCAGUCCCUCUUUCUUACUGCAAGAAGUGAAUAAUAAAAUGAAAGCUAAUGGCUCUGCCUUCAAGUUCUGGGAGAGAACAUCCUUGUUUCCCUGCAAAGAAGUGCUUUAUGUACAAUCAGUGCUAAUAUAUAACCUCACAGCAGAAAAACACAUGUGGAGCACUUUUGCACCCAGUCAUCCAAAAAUAACCAGUCUUCCUAGACUCCCCCACUUUCUGAAAAAAGAAACCAGUCAGGUUUAUUUGGAGAACAGAGUUGCUACUGUAGCCCCGGCUCCGGAGAAGGUUUCAAGGUCACCAACUGCAAUUCAUCGAGGAAGGGGGGGGUCUUGUUUACAGUGCCAUGCAAAUGUCACAGCUUACAGCAUCAUCCAACACAGCAGCUUUUUCUAUGGAGGUCAAAGCAAGCUGAUUUUUAAGGACAUUAAAUGUGUUCUUUGUACAUAUUAUACAUGAACACAUAAAUAACGGUAUGGGAAAAAAUUCAUAGAUGACCAAUGAAAGUCUCCUGUUUGGGACAACGAUGCACACUAAUCCAUGGAUAAGAAGCUAGAUGGACUUGUAUCUGGCAGCUAAUAAGAUCCAGAGACAGGCUAAGAGCUUAGAUACUGUCAGACUCCUGAAUUUCUGAAUUCAGAGAGUUCCUAAAUACUAAUUCUCAUUAUGUUAUUCUUUCCUCCUGAUUGUUGCAUGGGCAAGUCAGAAAUUGUUCCCUGCUCCUGCUGCUGCUUCUGAAAAAAUGACAGUGUGAGAGCAUGUACAUAGCAGGUGCAUCUUUAACUAGGAAAAAAGUGGGGGGGAAGGCGGGAAGAAGGAAAAAUACCUUUUUAUU